AAGGCAAAAACGCAACAAUUGGAUUUAAUGUUGCUAAUCCCUUCCAGCGACGCACGUUGCAACCACGGCAAAGAUGUACAUGAUAUCAGACCAAAGUUAUUGUCUGUCUCCCCCUCUGUGUAUUGCCACAUUUUAAUUCUCCCCCUGGAGUGGACAUGGUCUGGGACAGAGCUAUUACUUGGUUGACAUCGACAUAAAGCAAAAAAAAAGAAAGAAAUACAGGUGUCAUUUCGACUGGCGAAUUCAGGAAUGGACGGUGGAGGCUUGGUAUUCAACUUGAGAUAAUGUGGAGCCACGAUCGGAUCAGCCCAACAAAAUAAUGGCUUGUCGUGGCUGCUGCUGCGGGCUCGGUCCAUUAAACGAGGAUAAUGCGAGGUUCCUGAUGCUGGCAUUGCUCAUCAUCAUCUACCUCCUGUGCGGAGCCGCCGUCUUCUCGGCGCUCGAGUACCCCAGAGAGAAGCAGGCGAAGGAGAGGUGGGCGCAGAGAUUCGAUCAUUUCACCCAGAAACACAACUUGAGCAAAAAGGACCUGGAAAACUUUCUGAGAUACUACGAGGAGGCUAAUGUCGCCGGGAUUCGCGUGGACAGCACCAGACCCCGCUGGGAUUUCACCGGGGCUUUUUAUUUCGUGGGAACUGUGGUUUCCACCAUAGGAUUCGGAAUGACAACCCCCACCACCGUGGGCGGGAAGGUCUUCCUGAUCUUCUAUGGCCUCAUCGGCUGUGCUGCCACCAUCCUGUUCUUCAACCUGUUCUUGGAGCGUCUCAUCACCGUGCUGGCCUUCGUGCUCAAGUCGUGCCACGAAAGGCAGAGGCGGCGGAGAGGGGUGCUGCCUCAUGGCAGUCGGCAGGCAUGCAGCGCCCCCGAUGGCCGGGGCGAGAGCCUGGCGGGAUGGAAGCCCUCGGUUUACUAUGUGAUGCUGAUCCUGUGUCUGGCGGCGGUUCUGGUGUCCUGCUGUGCGUCAGCCAUGUACUCGGCAGUCGAGGGCUGGGGAUACUUUGACUCGCUCUACUUCUGCUUUGUGGCCUUCAGCACCAUCGGCUUCGGGGACCUGGUGAGCGGCCAGCGGGCAUCGUACGAGAACCAGGCAGCUUACCGGCUGGGCAACUUCCUCUUCAUCCUAACGGGCGUGUGCUGUAUCUACUCGCUCUUCAACGUCAUCUCCAUCGUCAUCAAGCAGGUGCUCAACUGGAUCCUGGGCAGGCUAACCCGACCCUGGUGUGCCCAUGCUGGCACGUGUUGCCCGCGUAUGGGGCUCCGCCCCCGCCGUAACGCAGUGGGGCCUCGUCGCGCCCGUAUCCGCCACAACGUCUCCAUCGAGACGGACGCUGUCAAUGACAGUGAAGAGACGGACGGGCGUCGCAUGUCUGGGGAGAUGAUCUCCAUGAGGGACUUCCUGGCUGCCAACAAGGUGAACCUGGCCAUCAUGCAGAAGCAGCUCUCGGAAACGGCCAACGGGCACCCGCGGCAGUCUGGCUCUGGAUCGCGCCACAAUGGCUUCUCCGACGGGGUCGGCGCCCUGGCCAUCAUGAACAACCGGCUGGCGGAGACCAGCGUGGACAGAUGACUCCACACCCCCAGUGCAGUGCAGGUCUGGGCAGUGCAGUGACGGAUCGGGCUAGAAUUGCAGUGCAUCUGUUUGCUGAGUGUCAGCACUGCACUUGUACCCUGACCCACCAAAGUACAGCCGAAGAAUCAUUCGCCUUUCCUCUCUCCCCUACACGUCCUCCGAUUCAGUGCCAUAGGCCGCUAGUUUUCCACAUUUGAGUCGUGCAGGAUGGCUGAGGUUAGGUGCUUCUGCAUUGUGAGAGAGUCGCCCAAAGAACUCGUUCACCCUACCAGCACUUUGCUCAUUUAAAUGCAAGCCAGACAUUUUUAUGUAUCAGAUAUAAUUGUGCGAGCUUUCAAAACAAUUUAUACUAUGCAGCGUAGGCAAUGAAAGUCUAAAAGUAGAGAGAAAUUAUACCUACACAUGCAAAGCUAAGCUUACUUGUGAUGGAUUGUAAAAAUACAGAGGGUAAACAAGAUAUUUCACAACUUUGUUUCUGUAGGGGGAAAUGUAAGUACUUGCUUUAUAUUAGCCUCUUAUAUACUGAGGUAGCUAACAGUCCAGGGUCUGCAGUAGGCAAGCGAUUAGCUGUUUAGUCUCAGUCUGUCUCACAGUGUGAUCAUCACUGAGUGUAGCAGUUCAGUUCACUCUUCAUUAAUGGUGCCCGAGGUGACAUAAACGAUUCUUAAUCUACGGAUCACCGGAACAAACCAAGAUAUCUGUCAGUUGGUCGGUCAGUCGUCGCCUGUUAAUUACUCUGUCCAUUCAACAGAGACGACCUGUGCAAGUGUUUAUUUUUCUAGCUCUCACAUUAUAGCAAUGGGAAUAAAUGGAAUACUCUAUAAAUACUGCUGGGGAGUGUGAUCCAGUGGGGGGCCAGUGGGCUCUGUAGCUGCAGAGGGACUCAGACACUGAAUAAUGCAUCAUCCACGAGGAGGACGCCACUUGUACGGCCCCUUUGAAACAGCAGAACAAAGAAGCAUCCAUUACGCGGUGAAACGCCCACGCCAGGCGCCUCUGACAUCAUAAAAGCCCCGCGGACGGAUGCGCAGGAAGGAGAGUGAUCAGAGUGGCCCAUCGAAUCUUCUCCAGCCCCACAGCCCAAUCACGCGACACUUGACUUGAAAAGGCGCGAGAUGAGCACACUGCAAGUGGAAUGUAAUGAGACAUUCAUGAGCAAUUGUGCGUGGACUCUGGUCCCUGCAUGGGUUAGUGUGCACGCGAGCGUGUGUGAAAACAUAAAAUCUAAUUAGAUAUUUUUAUAUGAGACAGCAGGCGAUGUGAGGUGUUGCACUGAAAUAGCUGUAUUUUUACACCUGAUGGUUGGUACAGCUACUCUGUCUGUUUAAUCCUUGAAAAGCACAUCACAUGUUACCCGCUUGCACAGGAGGUCUGUUCGCAGAAAAGGCUACUGUAUGUCACUUUAAGACGCGCCUGAUGAUAUUUAAGAAAUGAUCCAUUUGGUCCUGCCAGGAGAAAAUGCUGGUCCACCUGCUGCUUUAAAAAUGAUGGUCACCCAUAACUCUGUUUU